GAUCAUAUGACAGCUGCCUGCGUCCCACUUCCCUUGUCCGCUGGAAAACGCCACAUCUGACCAGGGAGGGAGACACAGACACAGCGGCAGGGCAGUGUGACCACCGACUUCAAGAUGCUGGCACUAAUGAACCGGCUUUUGGACUGGAUCAAGUCUCUGUUCUGGAAGGAGGAGAUGGAGCUGACGCUGGUCGGGCUCCAGUACUCGGGGAAAACAACAUUCGUGAACGUGAUCGCUUCUGGACACUUCAGUGAAGACAUGAUCCCUACAGUCGGGUUCAACAUGAGGAAGGUCACCAAAGGAAAUGUCACCAUCAAGAUCUGGGAUAUAGGCGGGCAGCCAAGGUUUAGAAGUAUGUGGGAGCGCUACUGUCGGGGAGUUAAUGCAAUCGUGUACAUGGUUGACGCAGCAGAUCAAGAAAAGGUGGAGGCUUCUAGAAAUGAGCUUCAUAAUUUAUUAGACAAACCCCAGUUGCAAGGGAUUCCUGUGCUGGUUCUCGGUAACAAAAGGGAUCUUCCCAGUGCGUUAGACGAAAAGCAGCUCAUUGAGAAAAUGAAUCUGGCUGCUAUUCAGGACAGAGAGAUAUGCUGCUACUCUGUUUCCUGCAAAGAGAAGGACAACAUUGACAUCACACUUCAGUGGCUCAUCCAGCACUCAAAAUCACGGAGAAGCUGAAGAAGCAGGAGUUGAUCCCCCGGUGUGUUUACCAUGUUACCGUCAUGCCACGUUUUCACCACUCUGUAUUUGUGUACAGCUGUAUCUACUCACAUGUUGCUUUGUACUGCUCUUUUCAAAAAAUGUAUUUUCCCCUUUAUGCCUUCUGAUUCUUCACUGACAAUGCACUACUGAAAAUGUACUUCCAGUACCAAACCUAAGGAAAGUAAGUGGCAUUAUUCAUUCUGAAGCUAUAGUUAAUGUCCGAUCUGCCAUUUACCUUUACAGGUGCUGGGUUGAUUGUAUCCAGUGGUUAAUAAUGCUAAUCUUGGGUAUGAAAAAGCAGGCUCACAUUAAACUCGUCUUGUGUUCUUCACAUUUCUGUUGAGCUCUACUCAAGUCAUUGUUUCUGACGAUGGUCACUCUAUGCUUGAUUAGAUUUUCUUCUUUCAAGGACAUGUCAGUUGUUUUAGAAAUUGACAUAUUUAAGCAAGUCAGCGUGGGCAGGUCUGUACAAAUAUCAAUCUAGUGUGAUUUUUACUGAUGUGAGUUGCGUGUGUGAAUAAAUAUGAAUCUAUUUAAAGUAGAAUGUACUACGCUAAAGCUGUGUGGGGAUGUGUGGUUCAUAUUGGUCUCUGUAAGUAGCCUCAAUGGAAUGAUGUCCUUUGUGCUGCCUUGAUGCUGAGAGUGGCAGCAUUUAAAGUGCCUUGUGCAGCGUCUCUCACCUCUGAAGCAAAGCAGCAGCCAAGGUGUGCUUACCUGGAGAAACACCUCGUUAAUAUAUUCAACAAAUAAAAGGCGUGGUUUUUAAUUUA